AGACUUUUGGGAUGGAAAACUCCUUUCUUUUUACUUCAUUUCUUCACUAGCUGUGUGAAGUAAAGGAGUUUCCAAAGCCAAAAUCCCCUGAGGUUUACGCAUGGAGCAUUUCUAUGCCUACCAAGCUGGAGGGACACAGAACUACCUGAUCCCUCAGUUUUGGGACCUCUAACUCUGCUCGUCUUUUUACACCAACUACCUUCACUCACUGCAUUCCCAGUGCUUUCCGGCAUGAUGAGCACCUGGACCGCGUUGCUACACUGAAGGGCAGACGCUGUUGAAAACACUUCUGACUGGGACACAUCGCCAGCAAACUUACCGGCUGUCAUUCUGCACUGGCCUCACGACUUUCUGUUCUCGAACCCAAGUUCUCUACAUUAAAGUGCUUUUGGAGGAGUUUUGAAACAGGCGCUCGGGAAGCCGGCACCGCUGAGGCGAAUCCAGGCGAGAUGCCCCGGCAGUUUCCCAAGCUGAACAUUUCCGAGGUGGAUGAGCAGGUGCGGCUCCUGGCAGAGAAGGUGUUUGCCAAAGUCCUGCGAGAAGAAGACAGCAAGGAUGCCUUGUCACUCUUCACCGUGCCUGAAGACUGCCCUAUUGGGCAGAAGGAGGCCAAGGAGAGGGAGCUGCAGAAGGAGCUGGCAGAACAGCAGUCUGUGGAAACAGCUAAAAGGAAGAAAAGUUUCAAGAUGAUUAGAUCCCAGUCUUUGUCAUUACAAAUUCCACCUCAGGAAUGGAAAGCACCACCGGCCAAACCAGUCCUGUCUCCUGCAACGCCAGUUCUUCCAAGUGCUUUUGUGCCAGUCCAAGUGCCAUACGAUGUACCAGAAUUCCAGAGAGUUUCAAUUAGUGGGGACUACUGUGCAGGGGUUACAGUGGAUGACUAUGAACAAGCUGCCAAGAGCCUGGUGAAAGCUCUGCUCAUCCGAGAGAAGUACUCACGCCUUGCCUACCAUCGCUUCCCGAGAACAACAUCUCAGUACCUGUGCAGCAUGAGGGAUCAAAAAUGGAAGGUUGAAGAUGAGGUGUACCCCGAUUUCCAUUCACCCCCAGAAGAAAAUGAAGAUCCUUAUAAUCUGGAUGAUGCUCCAGACAAUUUGGAUUAUGUUAUCAAGCUGAAAGGUGGCAUUCCCUUUGUUUAUGACAGCAAAGAGAUGAUGGAGCUCAAUGAGCCUCGGAGUUUGCCAUAUCCUGACCUGCAGACCUACACCCUUGACCUGAGCCACGUUCUUGCUCUAAUUGCAGAUGGCCCCACAAAAACAUAUUGUCAUCGGAGGCUUAACUUUUUAGAAUCUAAAUUUAGCUUACACGAGAUGUUAAAUGAGAUGUCGGAAUUUAAAGAACUGAAGAGUAAUCCCCAUCGAGACUUUUAUAAUGUGAGAAAGGUUGACACUCAUAUCCAUGCUGCUGCCUGCAUGAACCAGAAGCACUUACUGAGGUUUAUUAAGCACACAUAUCAAACGGAGCCCGACAGGAUUGUUGCAGAGAAAAAAGGCAAGAAGAUGACUUUAAAGCAAGUCUUCGAAAGCCUUCACAUGGACCCCUAUGACCUCACUGUAGACUCUUUAGAUGUCCAUGCAGGACGUCAAACAUUCCAUCGAUUUGACAAAUUCAAUUCCAAGUACAAUCCAGUUGGUGCCAGUGAGCUGAGGGACUUGUAUUUGAAGACUGAGAAUUAUAUUGGUGGUGAAUAUUUUGCUCGGAUGGUCAAGGAAGUAGCCCGUGAACUAGAAGAAAGUAAGUACCAGUACACAGAACCCCGCUUAUCCAUUUAUGGACGGUCUCCAGAUGAAUGGCUGAACUUGGCAAAAUGGUUCAUUAAGCAUAAAGUUUAUUCCCCUAAUAUGCGCUGGAUAAUUCAGGUUCCCAGAAUCUAUGACAUAUUUAGGUCCAAAAAUAUUCUGCCUAGUUUUGGGAAGAUGUUGGAGAACAUCUUUGUACCUUUAUUUGAAGCAACAAUCAAUCCCAAAGACCAUAAAGAAUUGCACCUAUUCCUCAAAUAUGUGACUGGCUUUGACAGUGUUGAUGAUGAAUCCAAACACAGUGGCCAUAUGUUCUCUGACAAGAGCCUUAACCCUGACCUCUGGACCAGUGAGAAGAAUCCCCCAUAUAGCUAUUAUUUGUAUUAUAUGUAUGUCAACAUCAUGUUGCUAAACAACCUUAGAAGGGAAAGAGGCAUGUGCACCUUCCUGUUUCGACCUCACUGUGGAGAGGCUGGGUCUAUCACACACCUUGUUUCUGCCUUUCUGACAGCAGACAAUAUCUCUCAUGGAUUGCUCCUGAAAAAGAGUCCUGUCCUCCAGUAUCUGUAUUAUCUUGCACAAAUACCCAUUGCUAUGUCCCCACUUAGUAACAACAGCCUAUUUCUGGAGUACUCCAAAAAUCCGCUACGGGAAUUUCUCCAUAAGGGCCUGCACGUCUCCCUCUCCACAGAUGAUCCUAUGCAGUUUCAUUACACAAAGGAAGCUCUCAUGGAAGAAUAUGCUAUUGCAGCUCAGGUGUGGAAACUAAGCACGUGUGACUUGUGUGAAAUAGCAAGAAACAGCGUUCUACAGAGUGGAUUGUCAGAUAAGGAAAAGCAGAAAUUCUUAGGGGUGAAUUAUUGCAAGGAAGGGCCUGAGGGAAAUGACAUUCGAAAGACAAAUGUCGCCCAGAUCCGGAUGGCCUUCAGGUACGAGACUCUGUGCAAUGAACUCAGCUUUCUGGCUGAUGCCAUGAGAACAGAAGAUAUUUCUAGUCUGUCCAAGUAGUUACAAACCCAGAGAAACCAGAAUGUGUUCCUCUUAAGCAGGAUAAGAUGCUAAUUAACCUCAAAUCACCUGUCUUUGAUGCUACAGAGACAUAACUGAACAGUACAGAGACAAAGGGAGUAUCUGUGGAAGGUAAACAGGGUUUGCCACCACCUGUUACUGCGUUAUUCUUGCUGCAAAGAUUUCGGUUUCUACGAACAUUAGGCUUUUUAAGAUUGCUGUAAAUAUUAAAUGCAAACUCUAGAAUUAUGUACUAUUUGUUUCAUACUGUCUUAACUGUGCCCUGCUGUGUAGCCUGGGAAACCAGAAAGAGUAUCUGUAGAGCAGCUGUGCUGUGCACCUGAGGAUCCCACAGAUGCUGACAGCACGCGCCCACCUGAGUUGAUUCUGCAAGUCUCAGUACCAGUCAUGGCUUUUAACACUUUUAAGUUUAACCUUUUUUUUCAUUACCAGUUUUUAUGGGGUGCAGAAUUUUGAGGCUGCCCUUUCAUUCUGGAAGGUGUUCUGAUACAGUUUUUAAUUCAAUGUUUCAGCAGUUACAUUGGAAAACAAGAAAAAGCAACAUUGGGUAAUCUUGUUCAAUGACUAAUUAAUUGCUGUUGUUAUGUAUGAUGUCAGUGAAGAACAGCAGAUGAAUGCUUUUUAAUCUAGCAAAUGGAAAACAUCGUGUCAAAAUCACUAUUAUAGAUUGUAAUGAAUCCAAUUACACCAAGAAAAUUUUGCCUUGAAAGUUGAGAACACUUUUUUAUUGCUUUGUAAUGGGAAUAUGUGGAUAUGCCCAUUCAAAUUACUUAGAAAUUUAUGCAGAUAAUUCUGGUUGCAUGUAAAGAGAAAUUUUUUACUUGAAAAAGGGAAGUGUUCUUAUGAAUCAGUGGUAGAAAUGCCAGACCUGGUUCUGGUCCUACUUCUGACAUAUUUUUACACAUUUGUUUUAGUCUGUAUUUUAGUCAACUACGGCUGAAUGGGAAGUCAAGCUGUCUAUUUAUACAGAAGCCAGCCCACUUGAAAUCUGUCAUUUCAAAUCAUGGUAUGUUAUGUUAAACUAUCUGUUUAUGAGGAAGUGGUUAGUAAAAUACAGCUACUGGAGUA